CCCACGCCGCGUGAGCAGACGCCGCACGCCGCAGCGCCACGGCCGACGCCCGACUCACCGCGCGGCCCACGCCACGCCGCCGCCGUUAUGACGGACCCCUUGCAGAACUCGAUCCUGCGCAUCAGCGACGAGAAAACGAUGCAGCUUCUCACGCUGUACGAACAGGAGUCGUGCCUGUGGGACACUAGUAAGAAGGAGUACCGUUCGCGCGACUACCGGGCGCGCCACAACCGCGCCAAGGCCGCGGAGCGCAUCGCGCGUAAGCUGCGCAUCAAGAACUUCGAGUCCAAGCACGUUAUGAUCAAGUUCAAGAACCUGCGUAACUCUUACUGCCAGGAGCUGAAGAAGAUCGCGGCCAGCAAGUACGCGGGGAAGGGCGACGAGGUGUACCAGCCGCGCGUCUGCUGGUUCCACAAGAUGGACUCGUUCCUGCGGCCGCACGUGCAGUGCCUCACCAUGUCCUUGCCGUUCGCGAACGAGGAGCCCGACAAAGAGGAGGAGGGAGGACAUACCAUUCAAGCUCUUCAGAGUACAAGCACUCAACCAGCCCAACCAGUUAAACCAAUAAUAGCUCCAUCGCUGAAGGAUACGGAGAUCAAAUCGGAGAUAAUCGUAGACGAAGACGAAUGGUUGCAGCAGGCGGAGGAUGACAUCAGGGAACUGGUGGAGUCCAACAUCCGGCCGUCGUCGUCCAGCGACGAAGACGCGCCCCUCGUUAAGAAGAAGCGGCCGGGGAAGCGGCACGGACACGGCGACAAGCAGGGGGAGGGAGGUGUCGGGCCGUCGGAGCAGGUGCCAUCACGCGUGCUGCAGGACAUCGCGGCGCAGCUGGAAGUGCUGUCGGGGCGGCGCGACGACGCGCUGGACGCGUUCGGGCGCUACGUGGCGUCGCUGCUGCGCGGCAUGCCGCCGGCGCGCGCCGCCGCGCUGCAGCCGCGGGUCGUGGCGCUGCUCACCGCCGCCGACGACGACACCCUCGUCACGCAGUCCGACCAGAUCAUCUAGCAAAUGCAGGACUACUACUGGCCUGUCGACGGGUGACCUCUAUGGACAUUGAUAUAUGAUUGAUUUUCUUACUAUAGUAUCUGCGGCAGAAACGUGUCUUGGAACCUAAAUUCUAAUGAGACUGAUUUCAGGCUUCAGCCGUAGAACUGAUGCCAUAAAAUUGAAAUGGUAGUCCGGGAUCUCCAGCCUCAACGCUGGUCACCGUCGUACCCACGUAGAUGUGCACUACUCCCGAUUAUGCACAAAACGAAGUUCUGUGCUGUGAUAUAACGAACAAAAUAUUUUGUGAUCUCGUGUGUAUUAGCCUUAAUCGAAAGUAAAUAGUUGUAAGUUUAUUGUUGUAGAAAAACUUGUACUGCUUAAAUAACGAAUAUUUCUAUACUUUACUUACCUACUUAUCUAUAUUUUCCGAAACAUUCCCAAUAAACAGGUUUGUAAACAACAAGCUGCCACAGAAA